AUGGAAAUGGAUAUGAAAACUUUACCACACAAUAAUUCAGCUCAAACUGUUCAAGAUUUAUCUUCAAUUAAUCGAAAAGGUUCUGCGGGUUCUAUUUCUCCCCGCUCUUGCAAUAGAACGGAAGGUCAGGGCGUUUCUGCCACUGUCUGCGCCAAUUGUGGUACAACAACAACGCCACUUUGGAGGAGGGCACCUAACGGAGAUACGAUUUGUAAUGCUUGUGGACUUUAUCUCAAGGCAAGAAAUACUGUUCGUCCACCCUGGUUGAAACGUAAUGCUAUCAAGAAGUCGACUCCUACUGUCACCGAAACCCCUGAUAAUUCCACCAAUGGAACUUGCCCCGGUGAUGGUCACUGCGAUGGAACUGGAGGCUCAAGCUCUUGCGAUGGUUGUCCUGCUUUCAACCAACAUCAAGUUAAUCGUCAAGCCUUGAUCUGCGCGAAUUGUGGUACUAAUACUACUCCUUUGUGGAGAAGGGACGAAUCUGGGAAUACUAUUUGUUUAUACUUUAAACUUCACAAUGUUCACCGUCCCGUGACCAUGAAAAGGUCUGUCAUUAAGCGUCGAAAGCGCGUCGCUUUAGCUUCUUCGCCUCCCCCACCAACAAAUCAAUCUGGUGGCUCCGACAACGAACAUUCUUCUCGUAAGAGUCGUAUUCAUCAUCCUCCUACUCCCGCUUCUACUUCCGGUUCGGAGCGUGGUUACAUUUCUUCGGAUGAUGAUACUAUUUCUGUUGACGAUUUCUCUUUGUCUAAUCGUAAAAGAAAAGUUGACGACCCUUCUAUCUCUAACAAGCGUCGUUGCAAUUCUAAUAAUGUUAGACAAGUUCCUCCGAUUGAAGAUUAUGUUUGCAGUAAACUUAGUAGUGCUAUGUGGGAUGAUCGUAGAAAAAGGUGUUUGACUCCCGUGGAACCUAUUUUACAAAAUCAAGUCCAUAUUCAUCAAAAUAAUCUUACCUUUAAUAAUAAUCGUAUCAUGGGCACUCCUAGUGUUCCUUUACCUUCUGUCUUUCCAUCUCAAUAUAACGAUGGUUCCACUUCUCCUAGUCACAACUCUUCUAUUUCGGCUUUAUUGAAUCCUUCUACUCCUGCUAGUAAUGGUCUUCAUCAAUUACCUCCUCUUAGUUCUAUUCCUUCUGCAAACAUGGUUUCUUCUAGCCCUCCUCAUAUGGGUUUACCUAUUUCUAAAGUGAACAGUCCUAUUUCUACUCAGCAACAAUCUAGUACCGCUUCUAGUCAAACUAAAAUUACUCAACAACUCUUGUCGCAUCGACAAGAAUUGCAGAGUGAAGUUUCCCGUCUUAAUAUGCUUCUUAGUAAAACUACCGCAAUUUUGGUCGACUUGGAUAAAGCUAUUGUUAAUGGUUCAAUUCCAAAUACUCCUUAUGGUUCUCCUGAUAAAUCUUUGUUUAACAAUGGCAAUAGUUACGGUAUGCCUACUCCUCCUUCUGAUGUUAGUCAUGGUGCUCUUAUGACUUUACCUCCACUUACUCCUUCGGGUUCUCCUGAGACGCGUUAA